GAGCUGGUAGGUGAGCUGUGCGUCGUAUCUCACGAGUUGAGUUUUGCCAUCAUGGUCCGCGAAGCUGUUGUGUAUCGUGCUCAUGGAGCUGAUGUUUCGAGGGUCAUGACGACCCCAAAGGAUGAGUUGGCCGGCAUCGUGAAAGCGGACUCUUUGUUUUUCAGGUUCAACUCGGUGCGUGAGCUGAAGUUGCCAGACCUGGGGGAUGUUCUGGUGAUGCGAGGUGACACCCGCUUCGUAGCUCAGAAGCAGAAUGUGAUCUUGUUUCAGCGCAGCAUGGUCAUUCACGAUGAUGACGAAGCUUUCAACAUCUUUCAGGGGAAGCCAGUUCCUGGAAGUGGCUGGGAAGAUGUUUCCUUUUUUGCUGAAGAGAUGGACGUGUACGUGACCUACCUGCUCAUUGCUGUGGACAACACCCUUGGCAUUGAAGACCGUUCGUUGACCCAGCGAGUUCCGUUCAGGCAGCGCUGCUCGAACGAUGUCCACAGAUUGCUGCUCCGCGUGAACCCUGAGAAGUUCGCCCUCUUGAAGCACUUGGCAAUGCCGAUGUGCAAUGACGCUGAGGGAGCCUGAGCCAGAUUUGAUCUGCCACGACUCUGGCGCCAAGUUUGAAAAAUAUUGAUUGUGGUGGCGGACCGAUGCUUGUGUGAUAUGUUUUGCGACGGUGCUUGGCGUGCUUCCCAUGCAUUUUGUUCAAGCCCUCAGAAACUAAACAUGCAGCCAGGUGCAGACUCCAGUGUGUGAGAAGCCUGAAUCUGAGGCCUUCAAACCACCUUCAAUCUUCAAGUUUCCAAGGCCUUCAACUGAGUGUGAGGGGGGCACGCG